AUGUCUGGCCGCAUCAAACAGUACGGACCUGGCCACAUUGUCGGAGUCGCCAACAAGGUGUGUGUUGUCGAGGCUCCACCCCACAGUGAAUGGCUGCAGCGAGACGAUUGGUGCUUUGUCGUGUUUGCCUUCCCCAACGAACGUUUGGCCAAUCUGUGGUACGUCAGUGAACCGGAACUGAAACAGCACGACUUUCUGCCGCCCAGUGAUGGCGUUCAGCUGUUCUCCAUGGACAUCCGAUAUUUACCACAGAUGGGUAAGAACACCUUCAAUUGGAUGGAGCUGACAGACAUCAAGAGCAAGUCAUACCUACAGUCCGAGUACAUCGACAAGGCGGCCCGGCUUCUGGACUCCAAGUGUGUCAACCACGGCGUCGUGUUUGUGAAGGACUCAGCUGUUGACGAAAAGCUGAACCGCAUGAAGGACACCUGGAUACCGUACAAGACGAUGACGAACUUCGCGCUUCAUCUGUACGACAGCGAGGACCAGUUCUGGUCGAUUUACAACAGCGAGGAGUACCGUCCCCUGCGUGAAGCCAGACACCAAUUAUGCAACACAACGUCACUACUGUUUACGGUGGAUCCACGCAUUGCCUAA